AGAGAGCUCACUAUCACAUCAACUUACACAAACCCCUAUGGUAUUAACCGUGCUGUCAAAAUCUUGGCUGAGGGCAAAGUCAACUGGAACAAUCUGAUUUCUCAUACCUUUAAACUCAAUGAAUUUGAUGAAGCGUGGAAGGUCUUUUUAGCAGGCACUGGUCUAAAGGUCGUCUUGAAGCCUUAA